AAUCAUGGAGGUUGCAAGCAACCGUUGAUCAUUUUAAUUUACGCUGAAAAUCAUACAUAAAGCUUUGAAUAUCUGCAGGCAAACAUGGCAAUGGAUCUUUCAUGGCAGUUUUUGUUCUUUUCUUUAGUUACAGCAUUCCAUGUUACUGUUACCGUUGCUCAAGAACAGCCUCUACGCCAUUUUUGUAUAAACAGCACUGGUAACUUCACCAGCAACAGCACUUACGAGACAAACCUCAAUCAACUGCUUUCAUCUUUCUCCCUCAACACACCAAAUGACAGGGGCUUCUACAAUUUUUCAUCUGGCCAAGGCUCCACCAUAGCUAACGCAGUUGCAUUUUGCAGAGGGGAUUUGAACUCAAGUGAUUGCUUUAACUGCAUCAAUGACGCAUACCGAGAGCUCAGAAAUCGCUGCCCUUACCGAAUAGAGGCGAUUAUAUGGUAUGACUAUUGCACGUUCCGCUACACACAUCGCUCCAUUUUUGGUGUCAGGGACGUCGACCCUUAUUUCUUCAUGCGGAAUUCAAAUAACGUGUCAAAUGUAGAUGCUUUUAAUCAGGCCUUGGGUUCCUUAAUGGACAAGCUAAGAGAUGUCGUUCAAGUGGGGACUUCCCUUGGAAAGUUUGCGACAGGAAGCAUACAAGUCACACCUUUUCAAACAAUAUAUACGCGUGUUCAAUGUAGUAAUGAUUUGACACAGUAUGGUUGCCGAUCUUGCUUGUCGCAGGCCAUUGUUUAUAUACCACGUUGCUGCGACAGCAAACAAGGAGGCAGGGUAUCUCUGCCUUCUUGUAACUUUAGGUUUGAGAUUGUACGCUUCUACAAUAGAACUCCUGCUGAUAUAGACACUAACGAUACCACAACAACAGGAUAUAAGAGUAAUUCAUCUCGAACUACUAUUAUCAUAUCCAUCUUGGCUGUUGCUUUUGCUGCACUACUCAUAUCCAAUGUCAUCUGCUUCAUUUUACGGUUUAGGAAGCGAAAGCUGAAACCUCAAAAGCAUGAAGCAACUGAAGAAGGGGAUGAAAUCGCAACUGCAGACUCCUUACAAUAUGAUUUCAACACCAUUAGAGCUGCUACAAAUCGCUUUUCUGAUGCAGAUAAGCUCGGACAAGGUGGAUUUGGAGCAGUUUAUAAGGGCAUACUUGCUGGUGGAAAAUUAAUAGCAGUGAAAAGGCUGUCUACGGAUUCUGGACAAGGAGACCUUGAGUUCAAAAACGAGGUUCAGUUAAUGGCCAACCUUCAGCAUAGGAACUUGGUUAGGCUCCAAGGUUUUUGCCUUGAAGGAAAUGAAAGACUUCUCAUCUAUGAGUUUGUGCAUAAUGGAAGUUUGGACAAAUUCUUAUUUGAUCCAGCUAAGCGACCGUAUUUGAAUUGGGAAAUACGAUACAAAAUCAUAAAAGGUGUUGCUCGUGGGCUUCUCUACCUUCAUCAAGAUUCUCAACUCAGAAUUAUUCAUCGUGAUCUCAAAGCUAGCAAUAUAUUGUUGGACGCAGAGAUGACUCCUAAAAUUGCAGAUUUUGGCAUGGCAAGAUUGUGUCCUGUUGAUCAAACACAAGGUGCUACUAGUAGAAUUGUCGGGACAUACGGAUACAUGGCACCUGAAUAUAUAAUGCAUGGUCAAUUUUCAGUUAAAUCAGAUGUUUUUAGUUUUGGUGUACUGGUUUUGGAGAUUUUAAAUGGUCAAAGGAACAAUGCUUUUCAAAAUGGGAGCUACAUGGAAAAUCUUCUAAGCUUUGCUUGGAGAAAUUGGAAGGCCGGGACAGCAAUGGACCUUGUAGACCCCAGUUUGAGGGAUGGAUCAACAAGUGAGGUGAUGAGAUGCAUCCACAUAGGGCUGCUUUGUGCUCAAGAAAAUGUAGCUCAGAGACCAAACAUGGGUUCAGUUGCUCUAAUGCUUACUAACUACUCCACCACUCUCCCACUACCCUCAGAACCUGCAUUUCUUAUGCACAGCAGAACUCAAUCGGUGAUGCAACAGUCAGAGGACUUAGAUUCCGAGGCAACAGCAUCAAGUGGAUCCAAAAAUGAUAUUGGAGUAGUAUCAGAAAAUGAGCUUUCCAUUAGCGAGACGUAUCCAAGAUAGCAGUCUCUAGUUGCAUUUGUAUGCAUUUUUAUGUCAAAAUUCAGCCUCAUUAUCAUUUUUUAUUUCUCAUUCAUACAAAAGGGUAUAAAAGCUGAAGCUUCACAACUCUCUCUUUCCACCACUCCCAUAUCAAUAAAAUGCUCUCUUUGGAUUC